UAACGAACCGGUGGGCCCUUGUUCUUUUUCGCGGGUGGGGCCCCCAAGUGUAGGAGGGAGUGAUGCCCCUCUUGUCCUAUAACGUCUUGCAUAAAAGCAAGAGUUUUUCAACAACUGUCUCACAACCCUUGAUUCUUUACACAUAAUCAGGAUGAGACUAUUCGUGAUAUUGGCAGCGAUGCUGCAGGUUGCCUUCGGGGGUGUUUCCAUAACAAUGCCAUAUCUUAAUCCAGCUGGUGUGACCUACGUCAAUGGAUAUCAAGGUCAUGGUGCUCCAUUAACCUACGGCGGUGCUGGCCUACAGUACACUGCCCCCUUACAAUAUACAGCUCCUGCAGCAAUUCCAGCCAAUGUUGAAGCUCAUCACGUUGGCUAUGCAAGAACUCACGUUCCCGCCGUUGCCGCUGUUCCUUUCGUCAAGCACGUACCAACUGUUUCUCAAGUGCCAAUCACACGCUACGAGGCGCAUCCCGCAGUCAUCGAGAAGCAACUUGAUGUCAUUAAACCCGCAGUAUCCACUCGUAAAUUUGAAGUGCGGCGACCAGCAAUUCAGAAGCAAUUCUACGACAUCGAGGAACGCGUGAUUGUUCGACCAGCAGGCUCAGCUUUGGUCGAGUUAGAUGAGCCAACCUCGAAGAAGCAAAAGGGACCAGCUGUAGUGCAACCAUUGCACUCUGGAGAAAUUCCCCUUGCUCAUCAUUCCUACGCUUAUGCCACUGCCGGUGCACAAACGUCAUUUGCACCCAGUACAAUCCCAGUGGUUGCUCAUGCUCCCGUUCAUUUAACAAUUGCACCUGUUCUAUCGCAUGCACCAAUUCAAGGAGCACCGGUACCAGUGAUUAUUCCAUCAUCGACACCAGCACCGGCAGCAUCGCCAGCAGCAUCAGGAGGCACUAAACCCGCUACAGCAUCAGAACCAGGCAGUGAGGAGGAAUCUGUCGUCAUUGAGAAUGAGGAUUUCCGCAGUGCUCAAUUUCGCACUGGACAAAUAUACAAUUCACCAUUGACGGCUAUUCAACAGCAAGAUUUACUCAUUCGACAGGCUCAACAACGUGAUUAUCAGGCUUCGACUAAUCAGAUUCAAACCGCUCAGUCGCAGUUUCAGCAGGCGCAGAUUCGAGAUGCGCUCGCUUUUAGACAGCAUCAGGAGCAACAGCAGCAGCAGUUCGAAACACUAUUGCAAACUGCACGAUUUGCACAGGAGAACAACAAAAUUUCGGCAGAGCCUCAAGUAAUUGCUCGAUCCAAUGGAGUACCACAGGAUGAAUCAUCCGGAUUUGUUCCAGAAUCAUCAACAGUUGUUCCUAGCAUAAGAAACAGUCCUGAAGAAAGCAUCUCCAAUCAAAAUAGACUUAUCGAACUUCUUACAGCUCGUGGGGGUGUAACAGAAGUCGACUUCAAUCGUGAGAAAGCAAGCGGAGAAAUAAAAGACUCUGGCAAUGUUCGUGCUCGUGUACUUUCAGUGACACCUGCACCCGAUGACGCCGAGCCAACCGGUGAACGUGUGUCAACGAGACGAAUUGUGGUGAGUCGACCCAUUGAAACACUCCAAGAAGUCGACUUCGUGGAGCCAGCGACAAAAUAUGAACGUGUCUCAAUUCAAGAACCAACUCUCAUCAAGACAGCUCAUUUGGAUCAUGUACAAGUUCAUGGCUCAAUUCCAGUAUUGGGAAAAGCACUCGCGCCAGCCGUUGCUGAGGCUGAUGUACCUGUUUAUCAAAAAACAAUCUCUCCCGCCUACCAAUACUAUCACUAGAGAGAAUAAAAUAAAUAAAAUAAAAUAAAAUUCAAAAAUUGAGAAAAAGAAAAUCAACAAUAAUUUGUGCUAUAUAUAUAUUGUAUAUAACGAAAACUUUUUAUGUAUCACCAGCAGAAAUAAACUCGUUAAUAAAUUGUUAAUUCGCGAAUGUCGAAACUAUUUAAAAUUCAAAUCUUACUCUAUUUAGAACUGGUGAUUAUGGAAAUUAGUAUGUGUAAUAUCCACUGAAAUAUUUUCAACUCGUCGUAAACAAUGUACUGAAACUUAUUUUCCAUGUGAUGUUAAAUUGGAGAUUUGUAAUAAAAUUUUUUUUUAUCUAAUAAUUGUCUUGUUUUUAGAAACUCUCAUCGGCAUUUUUUUGUGAUUUUUUUCAAUUAUUAAAGUUUACUACUUUUACUACUAA